AUGACCCACCAUGUCACAUCAUUUGGGGACCGCAGCCCUCCUGAUAUGCGUACCAACCAUCACACAAGAAAUCGAUCUUCACUAGCAUCGACUCUCUCACCUACUUCAGAAGCUUCUUUCCUAUCUAGCGAAAGUGAUGAAAUCGACAUCAGUCAUGUGCCAUUAUCUGCACAUAUUGUGACACCGUUGGGUCCUAUGAAUGCGUCAAUCAAACAUAAUCCAAGGUCAUUAUUUCUACCGGAAAAAUUACGGACAAGACCUGCAUCUCCGAGUCAGAAAUCGUUCGAGUUCUUUUCCAAACGUGCUAGUUCAUACACUCCAUCAACCUCAAAAUCAGAUCCAGAUUCGAGCAAAGACACAACGAAAGUUAAAAUCGCACACAAGAGGUUCUCCCAAAGAAAGUCGUUACUCAAACAUCUAAGACAUGAUUCUAUACCCGAAGAAGCGUUUGAUCUCAAUUUAUUGAGUGCAGCUAUGACGAUGGGAUAUCAAGGAAGAAACCGAGACAAAACAGCAAGUGAAGAAACCGAAUGUGAAGAUGCGCCAAUGGUCUCCCCAAUGGCCAUUCCAUUCGAUCUCUCCAUGUUUCACGAGCCAAUGAAUAAUGAAACUUUGACUUCCCAGAUGCGCGAAGAGAUCAGUCGACAAGAAGCAGCCGGUGUUCUUACCGGAGGUCUUGGGGCGGGAUUUACUCCAGAUAGUACGAUCACCAGUACAGAUUUGAUGGCCGAACAAUCACACUCAGUUACGAGUGCCGCAUCACGAUUAUCCCGACGUCUUACCCUUCGAAAUGGUGGACUGAGUAGAGCAGCUACAUUGAAAGGUUUGGCUCAAAACGAAGCAAAUAGACGAGGAGAAGUGAUCGAAGUAAUUGUACAAGAUGAGGCGCCAAUAGAUAUUUCUUCUUUUGCCGGACACACCGGAGGAUUCGAUAAAGAGAAUUUCUAUUACGAUAGUAUAGAUUCCCUACCGCAGAGUAUAAACAAAAAAGGCACAUUCAGAAGCACCAAUAUGGAAAUUUUCUAUCCCCAAGCAAAUUGGAAACCCUUUUCAAUGCGCGCCCCCUAUCUCAUUGCUCUCAUCAUUAUUUCCGUGGUCCUUGGAGCCGCAGAAGAGUAUCUCUAUCAAAAGUCCCGCAACAGUCCACUCUAUACCUUUACAUCACCCGGCGCGAUGAAAACGUGGGAUUAUUUUUGUUUCAAAUAUUUACCUACCCUCGUCGCUGUGACGUUUGGGGUUCUUUGGCAGAUUACCGAUUUUGAAGUUAAGAGGUUGGAAGCUUAUUAUCAACUCUCGAAAGAAGGAGGGGCGCUGGCCGCGGAAUCGAUUAAUGUUGAUUAUAUUACUUUCUUCAAUGUCUUGAGACCGUUCCGAGCUGUGCUUUUUAAACAUUAUGCGGUGGCUGUUUCGUCAGUGGCGACGCUGUUGGCAGUUUCUCUUGUGCCUACGCUACAAUCUGCUUCCGUGGUUCUUAUACCCAGUCGUGCGGAACGGAAAGCUAAUCCGGGUGUCAUGAAAGGAAUCAUCAUUAGUGGUGCUUGGUCUAGAUCAUUAAGUAUAACACUCUGGCUAUGUGCAAUUUUUGGAUGUAUACUUCUCUGGCAACUCGAGCGGAGACCUUCAGGUCUAGUAGCCGAUGUCAAAGGAGUAGCUGGUAUAGCUGCCAUGGCAAAUAGAAGUCACAUCCUAAUGGAUUUCAAAAACAUGGAUACCGCGACCCCAGACAUGAUCCAUCAAAAACUCAAAGCGCACCACUACACGCUCCGAAACUCCUCCCUCGCACCCGAAGAUAGCAUUAUCCUCACUCAAGCCGACAAAGAUAAAUACGACCAACAUCAACACCACGAUGAAAACCCACAUCCGCUCUUCCUCCGCCUAGUCGCGGGAAUCCCCUUUGUAGUCGGCAUGCUCCUCUUCACAAUCCUCAUCCCCAUCAUCCUCUUCACCCCCGCAAACACCAUCACAGAUAAAGCCCCCUGGCUCCUCACUCUCGGCGCCAUCUCCAUCAAACUCUGCUGGGGCAGUCUCGAAACCGCAAUCCGCAUGAUCGAACCCUUCUACAUUCUUUCCCGUCGUCACGCAUCCCCCAAAGCCCUCACUUUAGACUACACCGCCAUGGCCUUUGGCUGGCUCCCCAUCCGCGCCUUUCUCAACGGUCAUUACCUCGUUGCGAUCGUCGGUCUAGGCUCCGUCCUUGCAGAAAUCCUCACUGUAUGCGUCACCAGUUUCAGUACCGUCACCGGUAACGAUUUCAUCUCUAGUUCCAGCAACCCAUCUCGACGCCGCUCCGAUGGCGUCGAUUCCGGCGAAGAAACAUUUGCUUCUUUCUGGGUUUCCUUUGCGCUAGCAAUUCUCAUCCUUCUUUUCCUCAUCAUCAUUAGUAUCCUCUCCUAUUCACGACGUCGACAUCCGUUCCUACCCCGUCAACCAUCGUCUAUAGCUUCCAUCCUCGCUUUUAUCUAUCAAUCGAAAAUGCUGUAUGAUUUUGUGGGGACGGAAAAAUUGACAAAUAGGGAGAUGGAAGAUAAAUUGAUGGGGAUUGGGAAGAGGUAUGGUUUGGGUUGGUUUAAGGGGAGGGAUGGCGAAAUGCAUUGUGGAGUGGAUGAGGAGGAGUUGAGUAGUUGUUAUAAACAUGGCCAGAAUGAGAAGGCGGCGAGUAUGCCGUGGAGUACUAAUUGGCAGGAUUAUUGA